AUGAAAAGCGGACGUGACGUCAUCAGACAAAGCGAGAACCUGCUUGAUUAGUGUGAGACACUUUAAAAGGAAGAGAAAUUAGUGGAAAACGAAGCCUGUUCGAUUGUUGCUUCUUCUGUGGUGAACAGAAAGCCAUUGCCUGUUUAUUUGAGUAGUAAAUAGGUUCUGUCAAUUCUCUUCUUCUUCGUCGACGUCAUGACACAACGUGGGAGAGGCAGAAGGAGUUACUAUCCAUGAUUACUGGAUAACAUUGGAUUAAAGGAUUUAUCAUUUUUGAAAGAUUAAACAAAGCUGUGACACAGAACAAAGAGAUCCCUGUUUAUAGAAAGAAGAUUACGGGAUAACAUUGGAUUAAAGGAUUUAUCAUUAUUGAAAGAUUAAACAAAGCUGUGACACAGAACAAAGAGAUCCCUGUUUAUAGAAAGAAGGUAAAUUUUGUGUGAAAUAUUUCUUGCGACUGCAGCAAUAUUUCUUCUUCAAUGAGGAUUUUGCAUUCCUAUUAACCUUGGAUUACAAAAGAGCUGGCAGCUUCUGCAGAUAUUGACCAAGAUAAGAAAUUUUAUAGGAAUGAAGUGUGUAAACAUCUGCAUAUUGUGGUGAGAAAAUAUAAAUUAUGGAAAGUGAAUUGCGUGAGGACAAUGUGAAAUGUAAAAUGCUGACGGAAAGUCUUGACUUUAUUGAGGAGGUGCCAAAAGAUAGAGGAAAAACAUCUCACAACUGUGAUAUCUGUAAAAAGUCAUUUACUCGGAGAGAAAGCCUCACGGUUCACAAACGUAGUCAUACAGGAGAGAAACCAUAUCGCUGUGAUAUCUGUGGAAAAUCAUUCUCUCAAAGUUACCACUUAACUAAACACAAGCGCAUUCAUACGGGAGUUAAACCAUAUCACUGUGAUAUCUGUGGUAAAUCAUUCUGUCAAAGCAUUCAUUUAACUAAACACAAGCGUAUUCACACAGGGGAAAAACCAUAUCACUGUGAUAUCUGUGGUAAAUCAUUCUCUGUAAGUAGUGAGUUAACUAGACACAAACGAAUCCAUACAGGAGAGAAACCUUAUCAAUGUGAUAUCUGUGGUAAAUCAUUCUCUAAAAAUUUUGUCUUAACUAAUCACAAACGCAUUCAUACAGGAGAGAAACCGUACCAGUGUGGUAUCUGUGGUCAAUCAUUUUCUGCAGGAGGUUCCUUACAUAAGCACAAGCGCAUUCAUACAGGGGAGAAACCAUAUCGCUGUGAUAUCUGUGGGAAAUCAUUCUCUCAAAAUGAUAAAUUAACUAACCACAGGCGCGUUCAUACAGGAGAGAAACCUUAUGAGUGUGAUAUCUGUGGUAAAUUAUUCUCUCAAAAUUCUGCCUUGACUGAACACAAACGCAUUCAUACAGGAGAGAAACCAUAUCAGUGUGAAAUCUGUGGCCAGUCUUUCGCUGCAGGAGGGUCUUUACAUAAGCACAAACGCAUUCACACAGGGGAGAAACCUUACCAAUGUGAUAUCUGUGGUGAAUCAUUCUCCAUAAAUGAUCAAUUAACUAAACACAAACACAUUCACACAGGAGAGGAGCCAUUUCAGUGUGAUGUAUGUGGUCAGUCGUACUCUACUGCAGGUUCCUUGAGUACACACAAACGUAUCCAUACAGGUGAGAAGCCUUUUCGUUGUGAUAUCUGUGGUAAAUCGUUCUGUCAAAAUCAACAGGUAAUUUCACAUAAACGGGUUCACACAGGUGAGAGGCCCUACCACUGCGAUAUCUGUGGCCAGUCGUUUUCUGAAAGUAGUAGCUUAACUAAACACAAACGCAUUCAUACGGGAGAGAGACCUUAUCGGUGUGACACCUGUGGUAAAUCAUUCUCUCGAAACGAUCACUUAAAUAAACACAAAUGCAUUCAUAGAAGAGAAUCGUUGUCUGAUAACCAUUUCUGAAUGAAACACAAAUCUUUUCAAACAGUGGAGGAAACAUAUCACUGAUAUCUGUUGUAAAUUGUUUUCCCAAAACUCAACUUAAUAAUACAGGUGUGCAUUCAUACAGGUGAGAAACCAUAUCAUUUUGAUAACUUUGGUCAACUAUUUAAUCAAAUGGCUAAUUUGAUUUAAAAUAAAGAUAUUUAUACAAGGAAUGUUCUAUACUUACGAGACAUGGACCUGCAUAUCUGGAUUCUGUUAAUUUCAUAACAUUCCGUUACAUUUUCUUUUAUUGCCAGUCCAUAUGUUCUUGUUUCAUUUUGGCUGCUAUUUCUAGCGGGGCAAAUUGUAAAUAUUUCACUCUUUCUUUUGAAUUUCCAUUUUUUAUUUAAA